AUAGAACAAUGCGGAAACAUCGUCAUUCAUGGUAUUUCCCGCCCUACAACUUGCUUGUCUGAUAUUCAAUCGUAGCUGCAAGUUGUGCACCGUAAAAUCUUUCGAAAUGGCAGUUUUCGAGACACAAAAAUCCAGGAUAAACUCUGAUAUGCUGUCUCGAUAUAUCAGCAGGCCGAUUUGCUUCGUUGGACGCGUUGAGAAGGUCAACCCAACAGGAAAAUCAUUCAGUCUUUCGGACGGAGAAGGGAAGUCUGCAUCAGUGGAACUCAACGAGCCUCUUGAUGAGGAGCUGAGCGGGGUGGUGGAGGUGCUUGGUAUGGUGUCCAACAAAGGGACAAUAAUGGCCUCUGCAUACAACAUACUCAGAGAAGACAAAGGCAUUCCUUUCGACCUGGAGCUGUACAAUGAAGUCCUGAAAGUCAUCCACGAUUUCCCCCAGCACUAUCCAUUUGAAAUAGCCACCAGUGGAUGAGCACUUUGCACUUAUUUAUUACUUCCUAAAGAUCAUUGUCAACAUGAACCUCCAUUCUCUUCUUUGCCAUUUUUUAUAUACUUGUAUAUGAGUGUUACAUGGAUAUGUACAGUUUCUUCUAUUUCUUCAUAUGGAAAACAAGUCAUUACAACAAGAUUCAUUAAUAAACCCAAAAUAAGCCGGGUCUCAAUUUGUUUGAUAUCAUCCUCGACUAAAAUCAAGCUUUAUUAUCUUAACUCAACCAAGUUACUGCCUCGACUGUUUAUAAUAUUGUCGUGAGCGGGUCUACUCCUUAGCUAAUUAACUUGAACAGCGAGGGUUAGGAGGACUGCACUAAACAGUAGUGCGGCGCACAAUUGACCCAGCGUUGUUAGGCUUUUGACGCGGUAGGCCGUCAUUGUAAAUAAGAAUUUAUUCUUAACUGACUUGCCUAGUUAAAUAAAAAAAUAUAUAUAUUUUCCCUUCCCAAGUUUUCUGAGCACUUUUUGUUGUUGUUGACAAGACUAUAAAAACACCAGCAAAUCUGCUUCUUGCGGUCAAUUUGCAGUCUACAAAUGAUUUGUAAUUAUGUUCCAACCCUCUGACCCUCCGCUCAAGAAAAAAAUCGGUCCGCGGCUGAAUCUAGUUGAUCACUGAGCUAGUGGGGUCUCUGCAAUAUAUAUAUAUACUGUAUUUCAAAUCUGACUUGAAAAUGGCUUUCCACCAUCUAGUCUACUGCAUGCAUGGCUGUGUUGUUACGCCCUCUGUUGAUGCAAAGUGUUCAACACAAGCUACUGUACUGCUGGAACCACACUUCUUACCACCAGGUGGUGAGGUAGGGACUAAAUAACCAUCAGCAACACUAUCACUGUAUUACUUAUCCCUAAAAUAAAAAGUAGUUUCCCACCCCUGAAAAAACAA